GCGACCUUACUACGUUAAUAAAAUGAACGAAAAAAUAGAAUUUACAUAGAUAUAUAAGAGAAGAAGAGUGUAUUUAUGUAAUGAUUUGAAAGAUUGCGCAACACGGCGAGUUGGUCGAAGCCGCAUGCCAAGCCGAUAUCACUUUAACCACGUAAUUACAUAUAUUACACUCUAUUCCAUUGAAAACAGUAGACUGCUUGGUUCGUUGUGUUACUAGUUCUAGAUAUAGGAUAUAGAUGAACCAACUCGUUAAUCGUGCGAUUCUUGUCGGCGAACGAUCGUCGCUUAGUUGUUUUGUACGAAACUUUCGAGUAUCUUCGCAAAACAUGGUUAUCGCGGUGGGUGACAAGCUACCCGGAAUCGACCUCUUCGAGGAUUCCCCUGCGAAUAAAGUAAACCUUGCAAAAAUUGCAGCAGGUAAAAAGAUCGUAGUAUUCGCAGUACCGGGUGCCUUUACACCAGGAUGUUCAAAGACGCAUCUACCCGGUUUCAUACAAAAAGCUGCAGAUUUAAGAUCUAAAGGAAUCGCAGAAAUCUUUUGCAUUGCUGUAAACGAUCCAUUCGUUAUGGCAGCUUGGGGUAAAGAACACGGAGCGGAUGGCAAGGUACGCAUGCUAGCAGAUCCUACAGCUCAAUUUACAGAUGCAUUACAACUUUCUGUGGAUUUGCCCGUAUUGGGUGGAAAAAGAAGUAAGCGCUACUCUAUGGUACUCGAAGAUGGAGUAGUAAAAGAAUUAAACAUCGAACCAGACAAUACAGGACUCUCCUGUUCUUUAGCUGAAAAUAUUAAACUCUAAAAUUCUUGUCGUUAUCGAAUGUCGCGUAGUAAUUUUGCUAUUACUAUUUAAAAAAUUAUAGGCACUUGACUAAUUUAUUCGUUUCGUUAUACGGUUGUUACACGUUUAUAUAGUAAAACAAGUGUUCUUAUCUGUUGUUCCAAGUGUUCUGUUUAGUGCAAAUUUCAUACGAUGUACGUUUAGUUCUUACUUUUAAUAUAUUUUACAUUAAAUUUAUUAUAUGUUUCAUACUUGGCAAAAUAAAGAGUACUUCUCUAAAAAGUA